AUGGCCACGGAACUGUCACGGGAGCGAUUUGCGCGCAAGAACGAGGUGCAGCAGCUGCGGUGGGCCUUUGAGCUCCUGGAUUCCAACCACGACGGCCAGAUCGACGCCGACGAGCUGCGGGGCUACUUUGACGCGCUGGGGCACAAGACCAGAAAGGCGGAGGUGGAGGACAUGAUUUGGGAGGUGGAUGAGGACUGCGACGGCACCAUCAACUGGCCAGAGUUCCAGGCCUGCUGGCAGCGCUGCCAGGAGGACAAAGCAGGCACCGAGCCGCGUGGGCUGUACAACGUGGUGCUCUUCCUGCUGCACGACCGCGGCUGCAGCGGGCGGGUGACGCUGGAGGAGGUGAUGAAGAUCACCUACCUGCGAGUGGGCAAGGAGGCGCUGGAUGAGGAGCUGGCGGCGGUGUUUGGCACCUCCGACCUCAACAGCGGCAAGACGCUGAGCCUGACCGAGUUCCUGGGCUGCUUACACCUGCACCAGCUGCAGCAGAUCCGCAGCAGGCCCACCAUGAAGAGCAGGCAGGGCAGCGGCAGCGCCGCGGCCGCCGCGGCAGCGCAAGCGCCCGCCGUUGCCGCAAAGUAG